AUGUCGACGACGGACAAGCCCGAGAUCUCCUUCGUCGACGACAGGGAAGACGACACCCGGUCAGACUCGGAGAAGGCGCCUGCGGUGCGUAUAAUCGACGAUGUUCGCGUUCUGGGACUCAGCGAGGACGAUGCCGAAUUUUAUGCCAAUUUCUCGCCGGAGCAGCGCAAGAAGACGAUUCGCAAGAUCGACGUCCGCUUGGUGCCGAUGCUUGCGGUUCUCUAUCUCAUCUCCCAUCUCGACCGCGCAAACAUUGGCAAUGCCAAGAUUGAAGGUCUGGCCGAGGACCUGAAGCUCAGCGGUGUGCAGUGGAACAUUGCCCUAAGUCUCUUCUUCGUUCCCUAUGUCCUGCUUGAGGUCCCUAGCAACAUCAUCCUCAAAAAGUUCAACCGUCCAUCGGUCUACCUCGGUACUCUCGUAACGAUAUGGGGCGUCAUCAUGACCUGCCACGGCGUCGUCAAGAACUUUGCCGGUCUUCUCAGCGUCCGUCUUCUCCUUGGCGUCUUUGAAGCCGGUUUCUACCCUGGUGCCGUCUACCUCUGCACCUUCUGGUACUUGCCUCGCGACCUGGCAGCCCGCAUCGCCUGGUUCUACUGCACAUCCGCCCUCUCCGGCGCCUUCUCCGGCCUCCUCGCCGCCGCAAUCGCAAAGAUGGACGGCGUAGGCGGCUACGAAGGCUGGCGCUGGAUCUUCAUCCUCGAGGGCGUCUUCACCGUCGGCCUCGGCAUCGCCACCUUCUUCCUCCUCAUCGACCGCCCUUCGCUCAGCGGGAAGUGGCUCACCCCCGAAGAAAUCCGCUUCCUCGAGAUCCAGCACUUCAUCAAGCAAGGCGGGCGAUUCCAGGACGAGAAGCAGGAGGACAAGUUCAAGUGGCACGAUCUCAAGGCAGUCGUUACGAACUGGAGGCUGUACAUGCAGGCGUGGGCGCUCCUCGCUACCUCGGCGUGCUCUUAUGGUACCAAGUUUACUCUGCCGACUAUUACGAAGGCCAUGGGCUUCAACAACACCGCCGCGCAGCUCAUGACUGUCCCGCCGUACUUUUGCGGUGCCGCCUCGGCCAUCUUCUUCGCUCGCUUGUCGGACAGGUUCUACUGGCGCAUGCCCUUCGUCGCGAUCCCCAUGGGCCUCAUCACCAUCGGCUACGGCGUCAUCAUCUCCUUCAAGGGCGAUCUCUCUGGUAACAUUGCGGGCGCCAUGGUUGGUGUUAUCAUCACUUGCAUGGGUAUCUACCCCAUCCAGCCCGCGGGAUCCUCCUGGGCGGCGAACAACCUCGCCCCCGCCUCGCGCCGCGCCAUCGGUGUGGCGUUCAACAUCUGCGUGGGCAAUAUCGGUGGUAUCAUUGGCAGCUACAUGUACCUCGACAACGAGAAGCCAAAGUACUACACCGGUUUCGGGCUGUCGCUGGCGUUUGGCGGUAGCGGUUUGAUCGUUGCGCUGCUGCUGGAGUGGAGCUACAAGUGGGGGAAUGAUAGAAAGGCCAAGAUGUCCGAGGAGGAGAUUCGGGCAAAGUACACGGAGCAGCAGCUCAUGGAUAUGGGUGACAAGAGCCCUCACUUCAAGUACACUCUCGGGGGAGAAGACACCCUUGUCCCUGGUCGUCGUAGCGGCCCCCGCCUCCCCCCAAGUCAGAAACUCUUGUCUUUCCCCAGACAAAUCCCCUCCGGGAGACCAGAGGGAGUGGACCCUUGCAAAAGUCCGUCGCGUCGCGUUUGCCUCCCGGCCAUGGACGCCCCGGAGUACCGCCGUCCUCUCCCCGGCCCGGGAAGUCCGGCUCCCGAUGGCCGUCACUCCUCAUCGGCCGCUUCGGCCGCCGCAGCCAGCAGUCCCCGUGGAGAUUCACGGAAACGAAGCUUCAGCUCCGCCGCCGAUCAGCACUCACCUCUGUCCGAUGAGUUGGCUGGCACUGGGUCCUCAUCCUCCGCUGCCGCCGCCGCCGCAGCGAAUCGCCGCAAAUUGCAGAAAGUCAGCCGCGCGUGCGACUUUUGUAAGCAGCGCAAGGCGAGGUGCAGCGGGACUAUUCCCUGCGACAAGUGCACCAGAAAGGGCCUCACGUGCGUCUACGAUGCAAAGUACUCGCGCGGUCGCCCCCCGACACCUCCGCCCUCAGCUGUGUGGUCUACCGGUUCCAAUGCCGUAUCCGGAUCCGAGGAGCCGCCUGUUGUCAUGUACCAGACUACUGAAGAGGGAGGCGGAGAACACGUCGCUGCACCGGCUGCGCCGUCGCGUUCGCUGAGGGGACAUGUACGCGAGAGCCAGGGCCCGGCGUCGCGAGCCUCGCCCGAGCUCGGUAUGGCUGAGAUCCAGGGCCAGAUCUUCGACCCGACGUCAGGUGUGACUUUCUUGCACAGGGCGUGGAAGCGGCUCUCGAGACAUGAGAGUAACAUCGUCCCGGAUGAGCUCAAUGCCUCGACCGAGAGCCAGCCACUCAUGCUGGCUGGUGAUAAGCCGCUGCCCCCUGUUACUGACGAGGAUGUGGUCAACUUAUCGCUUCCGGACUCCAGAGAGAUCCAGGACCUGCUGGCACUGUACUUCGAUGUGUCCAUCGCGACCUAUCGUGUUCUGCACAGACCUUCUGUCGAGGCAUGGCUAAAGACCAUGAUCAACAACCUUCGCCACGGAAAAGCCGUCUGGCAGGACAUUGGCCGGGGUAAAGCCUCUAUCGUCCUCACAGCGCUCGCCAUUGCCACCGCUCACAAUGAAAAGUCCAAGGGUUUUCACUCACCAGAAGGCGAGGCUUUAUCCCUGGCUCGAAGUGACCAGCUCUUUUGCGUCGCACUGCAGCUCACAGAGCGUGAGACAGGGCUCCCUCGGCUGGAGUCAGCUCAGUCACGGCUGAUCCAGGUUCUCUACCUCUUAACCACGUCGCGUAUGAACCGCGCCUGGUAUACUUUUGGAAAUGCGCUUCAGAUCAUAUCCGCGCUGGGUAUGCACAGAAAAGCGGCCAAGAAGCGACAUUUGACCCCGGGCAACUCGGACUACAUCCAGGCGCAGUGUCGUAUGCGGACGUUCUGGACCAGCUACGUUCUAGACAAGUACCUGGGCGUCAUAUUCGGCCGUCCGCGGCACUUCCACGAUGAUGACAUUGACCAAGACUACCCGGAUAGGAUCGACGACGAGGACAUGACUGCACAGGGACCCAUUGAGAGAUCGGAAGAGCAUUCAGACUGUCACAUUGACGCCCUGAUAUUCCACGCCAAAAUCGCACAAAUCAUUGGAAACACAUCAAGAGAAGUCUACUCAAUAAAAGCAAUUUCUGAACAAGAACGCGUCGCCGCCGCACACCGCCUUAGCAAAAAGAUCCACGAAUGGCGCGCCAGUCUCCCGCCUCACCUCGGCUCGAUCCGCCCCUCGAUGCUGAUCCCAAGCUUCCGCCGCCAAGCAACAGUCCUCAAGCUGGCCUACUCCCACGCCAUCAUGCACGCGAAUCGCCUCUUUCUCCUCGGCAACUUGAGCUCCGGCAGUGAGACGCAGAUCCUAGAGUGCAUUGGCGCAGCGAGGACGGUGCUCGAGACAGUAGACGGCAUGGCCGCCGAGGGGCCCAUCUUCCACGCCUUUUGGUGGACGCAGUACGUCACGUUUUGCGCUCUGCUGGUCACGUAUGUAUGGGAUAUCCAACAGAAGAGGCGAGGCAUCACGCUCGAGGGCGAAGGAAAAACGAAGCAUACUAAGCUCAUGGACUUGGCUGAGCGGUGCCAGACGCAUCUCGCGCACGCCACAGCGUCCAACUCCCCGAGCCGCCGGUACGCCAUCAUCCUGGAAGAGUUCAGAACAGAAGGUCUGGGCCAGAUGUCACGGCAAACUCAGAUGGCUUCACAGGCGCCGCGGGCUUCUGCACCUCGACUGGCUGCGCCGUCUGCAGAUGCGCAUGUACCGCCCCCGCAAGCCAAUGGAGGAAACGGAGGAACAUCGAUGGCGACCGACGGAUUCGACUUUAACCAUGGGUAUGGUGCCGAAUCUGGCACCGUUGAUCUGAUGGAUCAGAGCGAUGCAGGGUUCCUUGGAUCCAACUUGCUCGAUGAGUGGCAGACGACCGAUUGGCUAGACCUCGACUCUUCUGCUUUCGGCCCAUACCUGGACAUUGACUCAAAUCCGUUAGCUUGGAUGCCGGAUAUAGGAGGUUAG